CAUCUCGAUAAAUGCACCAUUAGCCCCUUGUCUGUUUAGAAGGCACAGCUCCUCUGCUCAUCUACCAGAUCCCAUCAUCAUGAAGGUUGCUCAUAUCUACCUGCUCUGCAUCCUGGGAGCCGCCCUGCUGUCUACAGUCCUCUGCAACAGUGGAAGUGCUCCUGAUAUGUGCUGCUUUGAAUACUUUCCAAGUCCCAUACACAAUGAGCUGAUCUCUUCGUAUUUCAAGACUGAUCCUCGGUGCCACUUGAAUGCAGUUGUCUUAAUAACAAAACGAUCCCGCCCCAUCUGUGUGAACCCUAAGCAGCUCUGGGUGGUGAAGAUGAUCAAUUACCUGGAGAGUCAGUCCCUGGUCUAGAGAUCUAGAAGCUGCCUACCGUUCUGCUUUAUCAGAUCAUGUUAAGUAUAUGUAGCAAUGCAACCAUCAUUUCGGUAUCAGUGCUUUUAAGUUUCUGAUUUUGCUUCCAACAUGUAAGCUUUUUUUUUUUUUUUUUUUGCAAUAAUUUGUUCUUAAAGCUUUGUACAACACAUAUUCUACAGUGGUGAUUUCAACCAGGAGGAAUUUAUGUUGUGUUUUCUUUUUUUUCUUUUUUUUUUUUUUUUGAUCUUUUUCAUUUCAAUAAAAUAUCAUCAUUAGCA